AUGGUCUUCGACACCGCCUCGCUGCUCUCCGACCCGCUGGCGCAGGAGCAAGGGCUGGAGCCGGUGGCGGGCUGCCCCGACCCGACCCUCAGCGUCGGCGCCACCAGCAGCGCCGUCAUGGCCCACUUCCGAGGCCUCGCCGUCGCCGUGAAGGCGUAUCCGUCAGAGAUUGCCAGGGGGGCCGAGCUGCCGCAUCACCCGAACGUGGUGCGCACGCUCGCGUGGAUCAGCGUGACCGACGCGACGCUGGAGGUCCGCGAGCUCUGCGUCGGCGGCGAGCUCUUCGAGGCGGUCGCAGAGAUUGGGCAGCUGACACCGGCGCUCGCGCUGCGGCACCUCGAGGAGCUGUGUGCGGCGGUGGCGCACUGCCACCUCAACGGCCAGGUGUUCGGCAGGCUGCGCGCGGAGAAGCUCCUCCUCGGCUUCGACGGCCACCUCCGCUUGGCCGUCGCGUUUGGUGGAAGCGACACGCCGCCGCAGAGCGGGCCGCCGCUCGACGCGACCGCGGCGAGGGCCGACGUUUGGUCGUGCGCCGCCUUGUUUUGCCUCAUGCUGGCGGGCGAGCCUCCAGAGGACGCUGGGGUGAUCCGGGGUGUCGGGGAGCGUGGGAUCGAAGCGUACCCCGCGGUCGCGGACGUCUGCCCCGAGGAGGUGCACGAGCUCUUGCGAGCGAUGCUCUCGCCGAACCCGGCGCGCCGGCCGUCGGCCUGGGCGUGCGCGACGGCGCUGUCCGCCGCUCGCGAAGUCGGGUACUCGCCGGGUCGGACGGAGAGCGCGGACGCGGUGGCGAGCAACCUGACGGCCCCGAGCCGAGGGUGCACGGGCAGCGAGGCGACCGCCUCCACAGAGAAUUUGGCAGACCUCGACAAGGCGAAGGCUGGGGAGCGGUCGUAUCCGGCGGUCUGA